CGUAAACUCUGGUGACAAAUCACCAAAACUUUUUGUGUUCUUUUCAACAAAUUUUGCCACAAAUUAAUUUCUUAAAUUCCACGGAUUUCAUUUGGUUUUCAAUUUUUCCUUUAAUUUGGUGCAAAAUUGUAGAGUUCAUGAACAUCAAUUUUGCGGUGUAUAAAGUAAAAUUUAAUAAACACUUUAGGAAGAGCGAAACUUGAAAGGGUAGGCAUAGACAAGGUUUGGAAUUUGCAGUUGUGUGAACACGAACUCGAUAUUGUGUAAAGAUAGUGAAAAUAUUUGAACUGCAGCAAAAUGGUUGAUAAAUUCAUUAGCAUGUGGAAGGUACGCGAAUUGGCUGAUAAAGUAACCAAUGUCGUUAUGAAUUAUACGGAAAUCGAAGGAAAGGUGCGUGAAGCAACAAAUGAUGAUCCCUGGGGACCCACAGGACCUUUAAUGCAGGAAUUGGCUCAUGCAACUUUUUCAUAUGAAAGUUUUCCGGAAGUCAUGUCCAUGCUAUGGAAACGCAUGCUACAAGACAAUAAAUCUAACUGGCGACGAACUUAUAAGAGCUUACUACUGUUGAAUUAUUUGGUACGUAAUGGUUCAGAGCGUGUGGUGACAUCAUCUCGCGAACAUAUUUACGACUUACGAUCGUUGGAAAACUACACAUUCACCGAUGAAGGUGGCAAGGAUCAGGGUAUUAACGUUAGACAUAAGGUUAGAGAAUUAAUAGACUUUAUACAGGACGACGAACGUUUGCGCGAAGAGCGAAAAAAAGCAAAAAAGAAUAAGGAUAAAUACAUAGGUAUGAGUAGCGAUGCAAUGGGCAUGCGAAGUAUGAGUGCACAAAGUGGUGGUUAUAACGAUUGGCGUGCACAGCGCAGUGAUUUUGGUGACAAUUGGUAUUCCGAUGCACGCGGUGGUGACCGAUACGAAGAUGAGGAUGCACAGUAUGAAGGCGAGCGGGAGUAUUCCGAUAGUGAUUCGCCGAGCCCUAGGAGAGCAAAUCGCUACAAUGAUCGUUCGAGUCCCGCUGAUUUUGGCAUAGAGGCCAAGCCGAAUUCUAUUAACAUGAAUAUACGUCCCAAAUCCGCUCUCAACAACACUCCAUCUAGUAAUGCAAGGCAGCCAGCUGCAAAGCCAGUUGUUGGAAGUAAAAAAAUUGACAUGGGAGCUGCAGCAAACUUUGGUAAAAUGUCACCAAGUGCGGCGGGUAUACAUUCGCCUACUCAUCGAGAUACGCCCAUCAGUGGUGGGGAUGAUUUAAUUGGUAGCAAUGGUAAUGAGGAGGGUGGCGUUGGAUCAAUAGACAACAAUAAUAUUUUAGGUGUACAGCAAAAAGUUAUUAGCGGCAAUAAUAAUAAUAACUUACUUGAUGAUAUAUUUAAAACCUGCCCAGCGCCGAACGACAAAACUUUGACUAGUGCUGCCAUUACAACCGAUGAUUUGGACGAUUUUAAUCCUCGUGCAAUCGAGUCGAAGCAGUCACAAGAAUUUGGUGAUUUCACCUCAGCCUUUGAUAGUGGAGCAUUGCCUGAAUUGCCUACGACGAACAUUGUGGGAGUUUCCGAUGAAUUUGCAGACUUCUCCUCAUUUCAAGGAAGUUCAGCUUCCAACACACACAGAGUGUUGGACAAUAGUUCGUUGACGACGGCAACUCCAGCUAACGAUUCAUUUGAUUUAUUUAGUGGCACCUCGGCCACUUCUGCAGAAUCAGCGACGACUGGCGCUUCAACAACUACUGAUCUUUUAGCUGGUUUAGGAGACUUAUCUAUUCAUCAAAGUAUGCCAAUGGUCGAUGAUGGCAUAGAAGAGAGUCUCAGAAUUAAGCCAAUACCUGUCAGCAUUAAAAAUACACUUAAACAUGCAAUUAGUACAUUCAAGUCUGUACCGAAAGUCACCUGCGCAGCAGAUGCAACGAAAAUUUCAAAAACAAUCCAGCAUUUGUUCAGUGGUGGCGCUCUUCCUGGAUAUUGCACUGCAGAGAAAAUUAUCGGUCUCGACAAGGAUGCCUUGGACUGGUCAGAAAUAGCCGCGUAUGAGUAUGCGGAAAUCCUGAAUAGCCUUAUAAAACUAUUUACCCGCGAAUGGCCGGAUAUUCGAUCAUCAGAUAGUGAUGUGCAGAUAUUUAAUCUUUUUAGAGUUGAUUGCAACUUUGCUUAUAUUUAUGAAACUUUUUAUUCGCUCAACAAAUAUCUGACUAUCCUGGACGUAGAUGGCUCCACAACCCUAGUAUCUGUAUUGACGGAGCUCGUGAAUGAUACUCAGCUAUUACCUUUAGCUUUUCUGCAUAUCUGCCGGGCUCAAUCAAUGACACAAGAGUUCAAAUCGGAAUUAAAGGCAUUGCCUACGCUGAAAUUUGAAGAAAUUAAUGCGAAUGUCACAGAAUUUUUGCAAAUUAUUAUUUCCCUACCGAAUAGAGUAGGCAAUAAAUUGGGUCAAAACCUGCCAGAUGCAUUUAUACCCAAAAAGUAUGCUUAUAAACUGCUCAGACAUUUACUUUGUGCUUUGAAUUUCAUCUUCAAGUGCGAAGACAUUUCGUAUUUUAACUUGGCAUUUUGCAGCCGGCUACUAAGUCGUGUAAUAACGAAUUUAUGUAAUGCCGAAGAAGCUGACAGCAAGCUAAAUGAGUUUUUGAAAAUUGUCGACGAGUUCGCUAAGUUACCAGGACCGUGUGUUGUAAUACAGAAAAUUUUUAAUUCAUUGGACUCGAAUGCUAUAUAUAAAGCGGGCUUGGCUGUACUGCUUACAGCGCCAGACGUUGAUGCGUAUCGCUUGCUUGGUAAUGCUGUAGCCAAUUCAGACAACUGGCAAUUUUGUUUCACACAUACAUUGACGAUACAACGCACGCCGAGUUCCGAGCAUGCUCUUUGCGCCUUAGUCCGCUAUUUAGCAUUGAGCGAUCCGAAGCUGGUACAGGUAGUCUUUAAACAACUGCUUAGUGUUUGGUCGAAACGUUCUACCCUACAGAGACUAACAGAUAAGGAGCAUUUAACGUUUGGCAAAUUACUUAUAGCUACUGCUAAACAAUUAUUUGCCGAACAGAAAGACAGAAAGUUACAUCUGUUAAAUGACAACGACUACAAACGUUAUCUCCAUGAUAUUUUACGUUUUCAUUUGGAAUGCGCGGACGUGAUUCAAAGGCAUAUUGGCAUGAAGGUGGUGGAGGUAAUAUUCAAUUACAUGGAAGAUCCACACACAAAAAAGGAGGAUCGUUUGCAUUUUGAUUAUGAAGAUGUAUUAAAGUUGUCACGUGGCAGAUUGAUAACGGAACUUGAUAGUAUAGCAAAUAACUACAAAAUACCUACGAAAGACGAUGUAAUGGGCGCAGAAAUUAAUUUAAAUAGAUUAACAAAUUUAUUAGAAAGUUUCACAAGCGAAACGAUUGAAAUAUCGAAAUUUGUUACACCGAACUCUCAUUCAAACCCUCAUUAUGUUUCUUUGAAUAGUGUUGAAAAAUCAACGAAACUAAUGGAACUAGAUUCUGAUGAUGACGAGGAAGAACAUAAACCUUACGAUAUGUCUAACGACACGUCAAUCGUAGCAGAAAAACGCCCCAAGUUUCUACUGGACUUGAUACACACUUUGAGCACAAAACCAGAUAACUAUGAAGUCUUUGAGGCUGCCAUAUCUGCAGCAGAACCGUUGAUACGUUCACAGUUAUCGCAACAAGACUCCAGUCUUGCCAUUGACAUUUUACGUAUCUUGGUAUCACUUGAAAUGCAUUAUUAUUAUGAGGACUUCGAACGGACGAAAUUCAAAUGUGGCGUGGCAGUUUGUGCUUCUGCACCAGGGCCCUCUGCAAAGUAUCUAUGCCGGGAAUUUCACACCGAGAAUACAUGCUAUAAUGCCAAUUUGCGAAUUCUAAUGCUACAAAUUUUGGCUGCCGCUGCCAAAGAACUUUCCGGUAUAACAGGAGAAACGGAAAUUUCCACCGAAGCAGCAUUGCUACCAACUCCAGCGAAACACCCGCGCAAAUUUCACUUCGAAAAUGAACACGAAUCUCGUUUACUGACAGCUCAACGAAUAAUACGACAACGCCUAAAAGAGAAAACUAAGCGAUUUCACGGCCGUCACAAAGCGUUGGACACAAAGCCCGUAAAACCAAAUCGUUUCCACACUGUAGCAGGCACAUUUUUCUUUUCACUUGUUCGUGGUCCACGCACUCGACAGAUGUUGUACGUGAAGCCCGAUCAUAUAGCGCAUGACAUUGAUACAUUAUUGCUGGUUAAUUUUCUACAUACACUAACUGUAUUUGUGUUAAGUGCCACGAAUUGCCCCCUUCUCCCCGUCAUCACUCGAGAAGUUUUUGAUUUAUGUACAUUUGUGCGGUUCAGCGUUGAGACACGCAUUCGACUGGCCACGUUGGAACUUAUUGGUGCCACUUUGGUGACCACACCGGUAUAUGUUCUUAUGACACAGUUUGGGGAGCGCGUUGCGGAAAUACAACAAUGGCUGGAAGGUUUAGUUAAAUCACCACUAUUUGGAGGCGAAACUUCAGAAGAAUGUCGUGAUAUCGCUAAUCAAAUUCUGAGUACUUGCUAUAAAUUAUACUCCACAGCACAAACUGAGUAAAAACCAUUUUAACUGUCGAAAUCAAAAUAGCAUACAUGGCACGAAUAAAUUUCGUGAAACUCUAUGUAAAUAAUUGUAUUUUUCUUCAUCAAUAAAAGGGAUUUUAUAUACUAACAGGAA